AUAGAUACUCUCAAGGACAAGAUUCGUACAAAAUCCAAAGAAAAGAAAGAUUUUUUAUCUAAGAUGGAGGCAUUGAAGAAUGCAUUGGCUUCGAAAGAUGACGAAUUGAAACAAAUGAAAGAUGAUCUGGCCUUGAAAACUUCAGAGAUACACUCCUUAGAAUCCAAGUUAUUGUCAGAACCAAUCAAGAUCGGCGGUGAGGCAGAUGAAAAAAAAAUACCAAAUUCUAUCUCUCGGAGUGAUGAUGCUAUCACAUCUGAUAUACCUAGUAAAGAUCUCAGUCAAUAUUUUAUACGUGGAAAAGAAAAUUAUCAAGUGCUAGUUGAUCUGUUUUCGAUAUAUAAUAUGGGGUAA